UUCAGUAAACAUUGUUUUGAAUAUACAGUUUGGAAGAGAUUUUAAUCAGUUGUAAGAGCUUUGUCAUAGGCCGUUAACUGUGAGGCCUGUAACUUACUCCGCUUCUAGAACAUGCUCUUCACGUGUCGUUCACGUGGAAAUGAACCGCGUGAGAUAACUUAUGCGUUACGAUAGCUUCAUUAAGUCAUUUCUAUAUUCGAUUUUGUGAUUUAUUCAUGCAGUGGAAGUGUAAAUUCACCUUUUUUUGUGUGUGUGAAAAGAGUGCUCAGCUGCUAAAACACUACCGAUUGAAAUAUGGAAGAAGUACUCCAAUUCCAUGUAUCUAUACCGAUUGUCUAUGUUCAAGUCAUUUAAUUCACUUAGAGUGCACUUAACGAAAAAUCAUUCACAUCAGGUAACGUACAUGGUAGCCAGACCAAUGCACUUAAGAAUACCCCUUUGAUAUUUCACUGCCUACUUCGCAGUUUUGAGGAGCCCUGCACAGAAUCCAUAGAGGCAGCACCUGAAAAAUAAUGAAAUGGUGCUCAUUGAUUGGCAGUGUCGGUUCUGCUUUGCCAAAAGGAGUGAAAUCGAGGAGGAGGUGAUCCAGUCGGAACAUUUUCUAUGCAGAUUUAAAAUCGAAAUUCAACUUCAUUUACCACUUUUGAGAUAUUGGAGUUCAGUCGCAUAUCUGGCAAAAACCUGCAAACCGAAUUUUCAAGAACUGGACAGAUUCACUCAACGGUUCAUUCAUAUCUUCAAGGCCAAAGGGGGAGACAUUGGAUGUAACCUUAAGAAGAUUCUGCAACAGAUUGAAAAUGAGAAAUCUGAAAUCAUUGGUAGGCGAACAGCCGUUCUUCAUGGCCUUCCACUUCUCCUUAGAGCAGACCCGACUGAUUUUUACAAGACAUGUUUUGACUGUGAUGACAAAGGAGAGAUGUCCGGAAUUUCAAUCGGAAUAUUGUUUGUGAUACCUGAGGACUCUGCAACCGUGCCUUACUGUUUGCAUCUGGAUGCCACAUUCACUGCAAUUAUUUUGGAAGGUAGAGUUGUAAUGGAUGAUCUGGGAAACCUUCCCAAAGCAAUGUGCCUGCUUUUUUGGCUCAUUUAUGCUCUGAAUGUAGAGUAUCCUGCUGUACUGAAGAACAUGUUUGAUUUCUUUCAAAGUGUGAUUGUCACUCGGGGCAAGUCUCUCAAACCUGAAAAAUCGCCUGUUGCUGUAACAUUGUUGUGCCAUGAUUGACCAUUUUUCAGUUUGUUCAGAAUUGACCAUUGCGGAGAUAGAAAAUAGUAAUCAGGAAUGUAAUUUUAUAUUUUAGAAUAUAGUGUAGUCUUUAAAGAAACUUUUAAAAUAAAUAGGAAGGUUGUUCAGUACUAAAAAAACAGAAGAAUCUUUUGUUUCCUGUAGGAAAACGUGCAAUUUGCUUAACAGGGUUAAGUGGUUUGUUUUAGAAAAGGUGCUAAUUUUAGAAAAAAAUGCUGUAUUUCACUACUGUGAGAAAAGGUAAAAAUGUCAAAAAAGGUAGCAUUGAUUGUAUGUAAUUGCUGUAUGUGAAAAAAUGCAGUGUGCUGUGUUGAUUUGAAGGCAUGACAUUGUUUUAUGGAACAAAUAAAUGUCCCAGUGUUGUGUCAAA